AUGGAGUUUCCAGAUGUUUACGAGUGGAUAUGUCGUGCAUGUGGAUGGAAGGGACGAGGGAUUGAAUCGAACGAGCUUAGCUUUUUUUAUGAUGGUAUAUAUUCAGUAUCACUUUGCGCCAAGCCUUACGAAGAAAAAAUGUCUCUCACUUUCAAUUUCCUUGAGGGUAACAAUUUCUUAGGGAAAUAUGAGAUUGGGAGAUAUGAUAUGGGGAAUUGUAGUGAAGAAUCAAUGCAAAACAAUUUGCUUCCAGUGCUGUUAUGGAUGUUUAUUGAUCCAUUCUUACUUCGUUCCUCAAAAGUUAUCUGUACUGAAGCUUUCUCAAGGUUCUUGGACAUGUUCCGGGAAUUGAAGUUAGAGCCGCGCAUAAUUGACCCCAGAAUGUACAGGCUAGUAUUUAACUCUCUAAUCUGUGCUGGAUGUACUCUUUUCCCAAAUCCCAUGGACGAUGAACUUGUGCUCGAAAUUUUGGCACAAACACAACAAAAUACUCUGAUACUCAUGGGCUUGGAGGGAACACACCGUUUCAUGGGUUUGAAUAACCACCAGCUGCAAUGCGCUCUUCAAUUCGAACCAGUUGUCAAUGUCUGCUCCGAUUGCAUUAAAGUGUCCUUGCAUCUGGAUAACGUCAGGUGCGACGUGCUUUCUUUGGAAGGAAUUUCAGAUAAAAGUAUACGUGGUUUACCAAAAGAACGACACUUCCCGGCCAAGAUCUGUUUGACAAUUGGCCCUGAGAAUGGAUUUAGCGUCCAGGGUGUUUCCUUGAGUGUCUCAUCGUCCAACCCUAUCACAGACAUUGGUAAGGGGUACGCCCGCGAGGCCGCAGUCCAAACUGAUAUGGUGGGUGUCAAGGCUUCCAAAUCAACUACAUCCACAGAGAGGAUCAAGAAAUGGAACUUCCAGCACUCUGUCUUCAAUAAUACCAAUGCAAAGUUAGACUGGACUCUAUAUGAUUCAACUACUGGGAAGCCAGUAUUUAAGACUGAACCUCCAAAGAUUUCAAUUUUCAGCGGCAAAUCUGUGAGUUCCUUUGAUAAAGCUUUCACUGAGGAAGGAGGAGUAGUCUUUGCCAGGGACGAUUAUGGAAAGCCCAUAACAUGGAAGAUCUACAGGAAUUUCGAGGGACAAACAUUGAAAUGGAUUGUACAAGCUUCCAUCUGGUUAACCUAUUGGCCAAAAGCAUACGGUAUUCACUAUUUCGAGACCAAACGCCAUGAUUUUCGUCAAGUGGUUGCUCUUACAUUGUCACAGCCUUCGUCAUCCUCAUCCAAUUGAAUUUUCAGAGUGGUAGCCAAUUUCAGGCUAUGUAAGUUGUACCACUUCUAUCGAAUGAGCUUCUAAAGGUGAUUCCAACAGCAGUAUCCCAUUUUUAAGUUUGAGAUUUGUUGGUAGGAUAUAGGGUUGUGAGGCAUCUACUUGAUAAUUAAGAAUUAUUUAUUAAAAAAAGAUCUAAAAGACAUUAUGAAAAGGCAUAAAGAGGUUAUAUAAAGAGAAAAAAAUGGAAGAUAAGAGUGUGGAAUAACAUGUUUGCAUGUGUGAAAUAAUAUGUAUUAAAUAUUUGUGAGAAUAUUAAGAAGUGUGAAAUAUAUAUGUAAAAUAUAUUUAUGUCGAUAAAGAAUGAUGUAUGAAUUAUAAGACAUGUGUAAGACAUUAAAGUUUAUGAAUAUAUGAUGUUAUGGAUGUAUGCUUAUGAAUGU